AUGUCGUAUAUGCGAGGAGAUUUGCUCAGUAAAACUCGAAAGCUUGUUAAAGGGUUUGCUAAAGCCGAGCCUUUAUGGCUAAACUCCAUGGAAAAGGCUCCACCUGCUACAUUUCCAUGCGCGGAGAGUAAGCUCAAGCAGAUUAGUUUACCGGAGGAUGCUUUCGUGAAUAAGUUUUUCCAAAAGCAUCCGGAUUCUAGGUUUCAAGAUGCUAUCAAGAUAUCCGGUUUUGAUCCACCUGCAGCCCGUAUAUUCGCAUGGAGAGUGCUUGAGUUAAAGGAGCAGGGGACCAGUGGAGAGGAAGCUCUAGCAGUGGCAGAUAUGGAAUAUCGGGCUGAAAGAAAAGCCAAAAAGAAGGCAUAUGCGCGUCUGAAGCAAAUUGCAAAGCUUCAGGGGAAAGGACUCCCUACGAACCCAUAUCCAAGUGCUGUCAAAGAGAUUCAGGCCGAGGAGCGGAAGUUUGUUCGUGACCGCUUCAAAAAUCCCCAGACCCUACAGAUUGUGGAGAAACUGAAAAAGGACAGGGCUCAAGAGAUGAUGAACCGAAGGGGAGGGUUUUCUGGCCAGUGA